AUGGCUGCCGGACUCUCCAGCUUGGGAGACCAGAUAGGGGAAGAACUGUCCUGCAGCAUCUGCCUGGAGCUGUUCACCAGGCCCAAGGUGCUGCCCUGUCAGCACACCUUCUGUCAGGACUGUCUACAGCACCACCAGGGGGGUGGGGAAGGCUUCCCCUGCCCCAGAUGUCACUGCGAGGUGAAGACACCACCCCAGGGGCUUGCCGGCUUGCCAGACAACACGCUAGUUGCGAGUCUUUGCGAGCGUGUAAAAAAUCAGCAGCAACUGCCUAAGAUUCAGGAGGAAUCGAGCGAUAAACCGGCUGGCAUCAACUGUAGCUUCCACUCUUCAGAGCACCUCAGGCUAUUCUGCAAGCCAUGCAAGUGUCUGGAAGACGCUCACGACGGCCACGUCACCACCACGCUGAAAAAAGCAGCGCAGGAGCGCUCGGCUGUUGUCCAGGCCGUCGUCAUGACAACCCGCGACCUUCUCGACGCUCGCUUCACGCUCCUGCGAUCGCUGCGCCAUGCGGAGAAAACCCUGCACGAGCAACGGGAGCAGGCGAACGCCAGCAUCACCGACGCUUAUAACAAGGUGCUCCAGACGAUCACUGAAUCAAGAGAACAGCUGAGGUCGGAGGUCAAACAGAACCAUCUACAGAACAUGGCGGCUGUCGGAGCCCAGCGGGAGGGCAUCCUGGCGGAGGUCAGCGAGCUGCUAGCGGCGUGCGACCGCGCCGAGCGGGAGACGGCGGGCGGAGGCGUGGCGUUCCUCGGGCAGGACACGGGCUGGACGCUCGCCGUGGGCACGUACAGCGGCACGGGCGCGCUCAGCCCGCGGCAGAUGCAGGUCGCCACGUUCCGCCCGGCCGACAACGCCGGACUGAGCCUCGGCAGCGUCUCUGUCCCGGCUUUAACGACCGCGUCAAACUCAGCGACAUCUGCAGCAGCUUCCAGCACCUCUUCUCAUCCUGCAGGUCAUCUGCAAGGUCAUACUCAAGGUCAAGCACAGCUCCAAGGUCAAGUGAUGCAAGGUCAAGUGAUGCAUCAAAUCCAAGUCCAUGGCCAGGAGCAGGGUCAAGCAAAUGUUCAGGCACAUGCUCAAGGUCAAACGUAUUUUCAAGGUCAAAUGUCUGUUCAAGGUCAAACAUAUGUGCAAGGUCAAAUGAAUGGCAAUGGUCAACCACCUGCACAAGGUCAACUACAUGCUCAAGGUCAAAUACAGAGCCAAAGUCAAAUACGUGCUCAAGGUCAAGCAGAUGCCCAAGGUCAACCACAGACCCCAGUUCCCGUGGUGGGCACGUUCCAGGUGGACGGGCAGUACCGCGCACAGCGUGUGGCGUUCGGCUGGGAGGGUUCGGGUCAGGAGAAGUUCAAGACGGGACCGUUCGGGCUGGCUGUGUGGGGAGGGGAGUUGGUGGUGGAGGACCUGUGGAACAAGCGUGUACUGGUCUUCAGUCUGCAGGGCGGCUUCGUCUGCGGGUUUCACACUAUACUACAGGACCAGCAGGGCUUGAAGAUGGAGCCGGAGAAUGUAGCAGUGGAUCGGGAGGGGAACCUGUGGGUGGCCGGCGGAACUGCUUCUGUGUCGUCCUCCCUUGUGCAGUACAACAAACAGGGCAGGGUGUUGAGUACUAUCGAUCUCUCGUUCACCCGGAGGAAGCGAGGUCUGGCCGUGGACACCAGGAGGAACCACAUCCUCGUCACACACUGUACCGAGGGCUCAGCACUUCAGCAAGAUGCACGGGCGGUCCCUCAAGAUGUCAGAGCUGAAGUUCAGGUGUACACGCUAGAUGGGACACUGGUGAACACAGUCGGGGCUGAGCAGGGCAUGAUGAGUCCGUGGUACGUCACAGUGGACCACAACGAUGGGAACAUCCUCGUGUCCGACUUCCACAACCACUGUGUCUACGUGUACGCCGAGGACGGCAGGUUUUUGUUCAAGUUUGGAGGGGAAGGAGACAUCGAAGGUCAGCUAAAGCAGCCACGAGGGAUCUGCACCGAUGGAGCGGGGAACAUCAUCGUGGCUGACAGCUGGAACCACCGAGUGGAGCUGUUCGACAAGACGGGAGCGUUCCUCCGACACGUCACCACGGAGAUCAGGAACCCGCAUGCCGUUGCCAUGACAACCCUGGGGUGGCUGGUGGUGACCGGCAGUGAGAACGACACCUUCACUGUGUUCAAACCUGAUUCUUGA